AUGCCAAGAACAAACCCAGGUGCUCAAAAAAAGAGAUCCAACUCUGCCAUUGACUUGACCGAAGAAGAUGAAGUUGUCCAAAUCUCAGACGAAGAGGAAGAAGUUAUAAAAAAGAGGAAUGAAAGGCUACUUCAAAAACAAAGGGAAGCCAUGAUUAGAUACGAACGAGCACAAUCAGAGACUAGUUUCAAUGAGGAAUUUACUCAGAUAGCCUCUGAAUUGUACACUCUCACAAAACACAAUGAAAGUAUGGAAACUCUCAUCACACAAAUUGAUAGAUUAAAUAUUAAAGAUCCCAUGGAAGAAACGGAAAAAUCAAAGAUUGAUUUAUUGGCAGAGCAAAUCAUUAAACAGAGUGAUGAUAUUGUUAGUUUUAAUGUUUCCGGACAAGUAUUUACCACAACAAAAGGAACCAUAAGAAGAGAGAAGGAAUCAUUCUUGACAGUCUUGAUUGAUGAAAAUUCACAUCUUCCAUUCGACACGGAUGAGUCUGGUGCUUUUAUUAUUGAAAGAAGUGCCUUGUUGUUUUCCUAUAUUUUGAAAUAUUUGCAAAAUUUGGAUGAAUUUACAGGUGAAUUUGAUAUUGAUAUUUUACCAAAGGAAAAGACUGUGUUGAAUGCAUUGUUAGAAGAGGCUAAAUUCUUCAGUCUUUCCAAUUUGAUAGAAGUUCUAGAUAAGAACAACUCUGCUCAAAUGUUGGAGGGUAGAUCAGCUGCUAGACUUGUGGAUGUUUGGAAUUAUGGAAAUAUUGUACGUGAUGCUGUUGUGAGUGAUGAAUAUUUGGAUCAAAUCAAGGAAAGAGUUCAAAGGCGUAAGGAGCAAUUGAAUCAACAACGAGAAAUGAUCAAGAAUUUGGUAGAAAAUCAACAGAAAAAACAAGUUGAAACCAGAAGAAAUGAAUUAGAAUCAAAAUUAGCUCAAAUCAGACAAGAUUUAGGAAAAGUUGAUUCCUUGACAGUUUUCUUUUCAAUUAGUGGAACAAUAUUUGAAAUGGAUAUCUUUCAAGUUUUCAAAUUCAAAGAGUCCUUGCUUUGUAAGAUUGUUCAAAAAUAUAACAUACCAAUUCAAGAAACAAAAUCUCGUCCAAUUUUCAUUGAUAGAGAACCUGAACAAUUCACACACAUCAAAUAUUUUAUUGAGAAUGAGUGUCUUUCAGAGGAUUUAUUGUAUGGUCGUUCUUAUAACAAGAAGGCCCUUCUCAAGGAGGCUGCUUUUUAUAACAUUACAGAUUUGGUGAAAUAUUUAGAUCCAGUUUACAGAUUCCCAAUUGAAGAGCUUGGAUCACAUAACGUCGUCAUGAAAAGAGAGGAAGACCUACUGAGAUCAUACUUUGCUACAAAUAGAGAUCAUCCAUUGCUGAGCGAUCCUUAUUUACAUUUAAUUAAUGUAUUCGACAAUUUGGAUACUUUCAAAAAACAGCCAUUCCCUGAUCGUGGAAACAUUUUAUUCAAACAGUAUUCUGAUCAUUUAUUUGUUGAAUCCAGAGAGGAGUUUGAAUUUAACUUUAAUUGUUUUACGAAAGGAAUUUUUAAUGUAAAGGCAGAUUUCACAAACAGUAGAGGUCUUGCCAGAUUGCUGCUUUUGGAGAAGAAGUCCACCUAUAUUCUUGGGGAAAAAGAUCAACGAGUAACGGAGAAUACAAUUAUCAAAUUUACCGCUGAGGAGAGACAAAAGUUGUUAUUUAAUAAUUGGGAUAUGGAUAGUGAUUAUCUUGGAGUUCUUAUAGCAUUCAAGUAUAGAGGAGUACCAACAUUCUUUUCUGAUUUAUUGGAAAUGUUACAAUCUGGCUUAACUCAAACCAAAUUGAUAAUGACUGUGGAUGAAAUUGAAACUAUUCUUAAUAUUCCUGACCAAAAGCUCGCUCAAUGUGAACUUACCAAGAGAAUUGAGUGGAUUAAGAUUGAUCCAGAUUCUUCAUGCAAUAUCAUGAAUGAAUCGGCAACUAACUAUGAAGAUUAUCAGUUUAGUUUCGAAAAAUUGUACAGAGAAAAAGAAACUAGAUUAUUAAUGAAGGAAUACAUGGAGAUGGAAAUGGAAGUGAAUAUAGGAAGAAAGGAGAAGGAAGUUGUCAUGUUGAAAUACAAACAACUCCAGAGUCAAUGGUCAGAAAGUUCUUCAGCAAUUCUUGAACCUGUCAAAAUUUGGGAGAUUUUUGAAGAAGCAAGAAUUGUAAUAAUGACAGAAUUGAAACAGGACGUAUUUCCAAGAUUUAUCAGAUCUCAAAGGUUUAUUAGCUUUAUACAGACUCAUGAUAAGGAGUUCCUUGAUAAGAUUGGUUUGAAUCUUGGUAGAAGAAUUUCAGAUACAGUUUCAGUUUCUUCAGACGAAUCAAGUGGAAAUUCCACUACUCAAAGAAAGAAAGUAACAGUAGAUUAUAGUGUCAGACCUGAAUUUUAUUGGAAAAAUUAUCAAGCAGAUGCUUCAAUUCAUAACAUUACUCAACAAGAUGUCAAAUUUGUUAACUCAUUGACAUUAGACAGCAAUAUUUGGCAAUUAUUUAAAGUUGGUGACAAGAAAAAGGGAGAAUACUUUGCCAGUUUCGUUUCCAAACAGAAACUCUCAGUUUUCAAACCUGAUUCCACAACAGAACGACAAGUCAACCCUCAGAAAUUAUACAAAUUCACAGGUGUCAUUAAUCAUUCCUUAGAAGAAUUGUUAUUCACACUGACAAACCCUGCCUACAUGAUGGAUUACGACAAUCAACUCAGUGUCGUUGAACAACUUGAUUAUCUCAAUGGAUUUGAUUAUUCUAGCUCAAUUUCAGUUCAAGGAUCCUCAAGCGCAUUUUGGGAAAAUGAAAAUUUUGAUGAUUCGAGUUCUGAUGGUGGAUUGAGUGUUGAUUCACAAAGUAGUACUUCUCCAAAGGUAUCUCAUUCGGAUGAUAAGUUUAGUUCUUCCAUUUGCUUGGAAACUUAUCCUUUCGGAUGGCCAAUUUCGAAUAGAGAUUUUCUUGUAACUCAAUCACUUAUAUACGAAGCUAAAACUCAACGAUAUAUUUUGGUAAAAAAGUCAAUUUCUCAUCCAAAUUAUCCAAAGAGAAAGGGAACUACUCGUGGAUUCAUUGUUGGUGGAUGGACCAUUCAGAGAGUGACUGAAAAUCAAACAAGAUUUUGUUUCGUCAGCUUUACUGAUAUGGAUUUAAACGAAAGGGUGUUUAAUCAACUUUGUAAAAAGAAGGGAAAACGUUUAUUUGAUGGAUUGAAUCAAACUCUGGAUAGAAAUUCUGAAAAUGGUUUUCUUAGACCUUUAUUCUCAUGUGGAUUAUUGGAAACUUUGGAAGAUUUCUUGAAAUUCUACAAAUUACCUGAAACUAUUCUCAACGAAACUCAAGUCCAAGUAUUGAAAAAGCAAAAGAGCGACAAAUUCAAGAGUUUCGAAAUUGAUGGCUCACUCGUUCGAUUAAUCUACGUUUCCAGAUAUGACGAAUCCAAACUUUCUUCCAAAGAUUUCGACCAAAUCAAUCAAGUUUCCAAUAGAAACAACCAACCACUGAACUUGAGUGGUAUCCUUCUCAGUGGUCAAGGCGUUUUCUAUCAAGUCCUCGAAGGAGAUCCAAAAUUCAUUUAUCCAACCUAUGAAAGAAUCAAAAAAGAUUCGAGACAUUUCGAUGUUUGGUGUGUGAGUGAGGAAAGUGGAGUUAAGGAAUGUGAAAGACAGUUUUCUAAUUGGGCCAUGAAAUGUGUUGAUUUGGUGAAUAGUGAUCAUUAUUUGGCUCAGUUUAUGAGAAAUAUAAUCGAAACCUUGUCGAAACUUUCAAAAGCUUCAAGAGAUUCGACUAAUUGGGAUGAAGAAAAUCAUGCACUUGAUGUGCUCUAUCAAGCUUCCAAACAAUUGAAUGAUUCCAGUAAGAAUUAA